CAUCCGGGUAGUUUAUGAAAUUUUGGAGGCUUUAAACAAUUUAGUAAAAAACUUUAGCAAAAAUAUAUAUUUUAAAAAUAAUUUAAGAAUCUAUGUGUAUAUAUAUAUUAACUCUCAAAGUUUAAUAUUCCACUUACCUAUGCAAGGACUUGUUCAUGCUGUGGGAAGAAGUGAGCCUUAGAGACUAAGACUUUAUGGAUUCCACGACGUGAUCAAAUAUAAUUUUCAAAAAUACAUGAAGAAUAUACUUUUAUGCUUUGUCAACUCUUGUUCAUCUAAAUACCACCGAUCAACUUCUCUUUCUCUCCCUCUCGGUUUCACGUUAGCAAAAGAUGGCAGAGAAACAGUUUGCCGAAGAAGCAGAUGUCAAGAUCAGAGCUGCUGCUGCGGCUUCAGAUCUUGAACAUAUGGCUGCUGAGUCAUCCGUGGUUCCAGACUUCGAGAGAGGGAGGUUCUACGACGUGUAUUCGGCUAGGAGGAACGAGCGGUUGAAAAGGAAGAAAGGAGGAGAAGAAGAAGAUGAUGCUGUAGUCAAAGGAACUCUGUACAAUCUCGGAGUGGAUCCCAUGCCGACCAAGAGAAGAGGAACCUUUAAGAAGAAGAAGGCGAUGGUUGAGACAACAACAACGCCGAGGUAUUCUCUGAGGAGCACAGUUACCAAAGAUAACAAGAAGCCUCUGAGUGUCGCUGUAAGUACUAUGAAAGCUGUCAGCAGCACCAGGAGGGUUAUGAGUAUCUGAUCCAACUGCUUCUACUCUUUGAUUUUGCUUUGCUUUGCUUUUGUGAUUCUGUUAGGAAAUCGAAGUUUGGGGUUUUGAUUUCCUUCUAUCUAAUAUUUGCAGUAUUGUUCUGCUGUCGGGAUGUCGACAUAAAUAAACCCAUGAAACUUUGUUUGUUUUGUUUAUUAUCUAUUACCCAUACAUUCUGAUACGCUUUAUCUAUCAAAUGCGUAUCUUUUUGCUUCAGUAAAAAUAAUACUGUUGUUGUGUGUUUCAAGAUCA